AUGCCAGUCGUGGUCUUUGAUAAACCUGCGGUCUCUGAUGAACCAGCGGAGUUGACUGCUAAACAGAUUGCUGCCUACACAAAUUUUGGCUACCGUCUUCCAUCAGCUCAGAAUACUACCAAAGCUGAUUCCAAAACUGUCAUUCCCCCGGUUCCAGCGACGGCCCAACCCAUAUCGAAAAUCAUUGAACGUGACUCUCGAUCGGCCCUACAAAGUCUCAGGCCAUCGAACCCGCCAGCGCAACAGCUCGAGACCAGGGACUUUGGCCUCAACAACGCAGAUAGUAUGCCAGCGGGCGGUCUCGAGAGUAGUAUUCCUCAUGUGCCAAUCACACAAGAAAGCAUAGCCACCUUCCUGAAACCAGGAGCGGCAUUGGAUGAGGUGGAGAAGCGAAGGAAGAGUUCGCGACAGGGCAACUCAAGGACAUUCACGAGAGAGCCAAACCCCUCUGCAGCUCUAUCGCAAGGCCUUCGCAAGAGGACAGUAUCUUUCGACGAAGCGGAGGAGUCUUCAAAGCGUCGGCGUGUGGGGCCACCUUCCCCAAGUCAACCGGUUAGGGGGCCAGCCAUUGCAGCAUCCACAGGUGUGCCGGAGAGCAAGACUGAAGAACCCGACGUUGCGACGGAAGGAAACCCUUCUGCUUCAGCACUUGUCGACGCAGGAGCUCCCAAUCCGUUCUUGUGCAUCAUCCAAGCUGACAACUCCUCGCUGAUAGGCAGCUUCGCCAAAGACACGGAAGAAUGGGCUUUCAGCCUUGGGUUGGAUGCAGGACGCCGGCGGAUUCCCACCAUGAACAUGAGAUUCUUUUCUAACGGAAUAGAAGGGCCGGAAUACAGCCAAACCGGAUGGUGUCUAGGCGACUACAUCGAAGGUGACUGGAUGGUCACCAACUUUAAAGUCCAUCGCGUAGCUGACUGUCCUGACAAUGGGGAGAUCUGCCACCCCAAUGUUCUAGCGGCGUGUAAUACUGAUGAAGAGAAGGCUCGCUUGAUCUGCAUCAGCCUGGAGGCAUGGCCAAAGAUCCUAGGGCACUUCAACCCCAAGGACCGACCCGAAAUCCGGAAACCAGACGUCAAGAAGCUUUUUGGGGCCGUAUUCACAGGUCGACACCCCUAUGAGUUGCGCAUUUGGUUCCGUGCUCCUUAUAAUUUGGAAAGAUUCGAGAAGCAAUGCCUCUCAUUCUUCACACGAUACUUUGAGCAGCGAAGGCCACCUCAUGAAGAUCUUUACGACGCCGAUGACGUCUGCUUCGAAGAUCACCUGAAGGCUCAAGAGGAAGCUUCUUCUACUUGA